AUGGAGGAAAAAACAUUUAGUGGGCCCAUUGAGGAAGAGCUGUCGGCGAGAGUACGAGAAAAUGCCCAGUUUUUGUUCAAUAAAAUAUGGGAGUUGGAGCGCAUUCGCGUCGAUGAAGCGAUUUGUGCUAAAGAAUGGAAAGCGAGAUAUGGAUAUAAACGAGCCAGGAACGAAACAGAUGAUUGGCUAAUAGAGAUACCUGACAAUAAAGAUCCGAUGAUUGAUUAUUUUGAAGAGCGAAUGAAAGCAAAAAAAGAAAGAGUGAAUAAAAAUGAGAUGCAACGUCUGCGUAACAUUGCUCGCUCGAAAACAAACAUUUCAUCAGCAAAUACAGCUCCUCUGGGUGUUACUGCUGAACUGAAUGAUCGCACCAGACAUGAGCUUGUGAACCAAAUCAAUAGAGCUCGCUUUGCAACGGCGUCACACGAUCCGAUGGUUGAUUAUUUUGAAGAGCGAAUGAAAGCAAAAAAAGAGAGAGUGAAUAAAAACGAGAUGCAACGUCUGCGUAACAUUGCUCGCUCGAAAACAAACAUUUCAUCAGCAAAUACAGCUCCUCUGGGUGUUACUGCCGAACUGAAUGAUCGCACCAGACAUGAGCUUGUGAACCAAAUCAAUAGAGCUCGCUUUGCAACGGCGUCACACGGUGCUUUCCAGCCAGAAGUAAAAAAUGAGAAAAAACUACUGAAAACGGGCAAACAUCAUAAGUAUGAACCGAACGAAGCUUCUGUUUCUGAUGAGCGUAAAAAGCAACUCGAAAUUUUGGAGAAGAUAUCCUCCAAAAAGCAACCUUUAAAUCAAGCGCGUUUGCCUAUGAGCCAGCAGAACGAAGUCGACAGCAGAGAGAAAAAUGCGGGUAAAAAGCACGGCAAGGGAUUGAAACGGUCAAAGUCAGCCGUUCAUCGACAGAAGCAUUUCCAAAAUCAAAUGAAAAAGAUGAAGAAGCCUCGCGGUGAUAUUCGGAAAGGGAAAAAGCAAAAGAAAGGCCGCGGUUCGAAAUGA